AUCAUCAUCUCCAGAUCUGCAUUUCCAAUGUGUAAAUUUUCAUGCUUUUUAGUAAUCCACGUAACAGACACGUGUCAUUCUCUCUGUCUUCCUACUUUGUCGCUCUAACUUUGUUCCCUCCAUCGCCCCUCUUUGGCCUUUGCCCCAAUGGGUCUCCUUCAAAUCACCAUUUAAUUUAAAAGAUACAAAAUUUUGAUGCUUUCUUUAUAGGGUUUUGAAUGAAUUGAUCUUCUGUUUUGUUGGGAGAUUGAAAAGAUCGAUUAUCUUUACAAGAAGGAUACAUAUAUAGAUAUAGAUAUGGGUGUGUUUGAUAUUGGGGAAAGUUGAUGAUGGGGGGUGAAAUGGAAAAGGAUGUUGAGUCCAAGAUGAAGAAUGUUCAGGAUAAAGCUAAGAGCUUUAAGUUUAGGGCUCCACAGGAGAAUUUUACCAUACAAGAUUUUGAAAUGGGCAAGAUCUUUGGUGUUGGUUCUUAUUCUAAGGUUGUGAGAGCAAAAAAGAAAGAUACGGGGAAAGUGUACGCUUUAAAGAUCAUGGAUAAAAAAUUCAUAACAAAAGAAAACAAAACCGCUUACGUAAAGUUGGAGAGAAUUGUAUUGGAUCAGCUGAAUCAUCCUGGAAUAGUGCAACUCCAUUUUACAUUCCAAGACACUUAUUCUCUAUAUAUGGCGCUUGAGUCUUGUGAAGGCGGAGAACUUUUUGAUCAAAUUAAGAGGAAAGGUCGUUUGACAGAUGACGAGACUCGCUUUUACGCAGCUGAAAUCGUGGAUGCUCUUGAAUAUAUACAUAAGUUAGGUUUAAUACAUCGAGACAUUAAGCCAGAGAACCUGCUUCUUACAUUAGACGGGCAUAUUAAGAUUGCUGAUUUUGGUAGCGUAAAGCCCAUGCAAGAUAGCCAGAUAACAGUCCUUCCGCAUGCAGCAUCAGAUGACAAGGCCUGCACGUUUGUGGGGACGGCUGCAUACGUCCCUCCAGAAGUAUUAAAUAAUUCACCUGCAACUUUCGGAAACGAUCUCUGGGCACUUGGCUGCACCUUGUUUCAGAUGCUAUCGGGAACUUCUCCAUUCAAAGAUGCUAGUGAAUGGCUCAUUUUUCAAAGAAUCGUAGCCCGAGAUGUCAAAUUUCCUGAUUAUUUUUCCAGUGAUGCCAGAGAUCUGAUUGAUAAAUUAUUGGAUAUUGAUCCUGCAAAACGACCGGGUGCGGGACCUGAUGGUUAUGAGUCACUAAAGAAUCAUCCCUUCUUUCAAGGAAUUGAUUGGCAUGAUAUAAGGUCAAGGUGUCCUCCUAGACUUGUAUUGGAGAAGGGUCCCGCCAGUAGUCGCUCAAAUGGAAGUGAUGACACUUCAGAUUCAUCAUGGAACCCGACACAUAUUGGUGAUGUCACCGGAACAGGAAAUACCAUUGCUGAUGUCACUUCUUCCUCCGAUGCUGGCCAUAUAACUAAACUCGCUUCAAUAGAUUCCUUCGAUUCUAAAUGGCAACAAUUUUUGGAGCCAGGUGAGUCCAUUCUUAUGAUCUCAAUGUUCAAGAAACUGCAGAAACUAUCGAGUAAAAAAGUACAACUUAUCCUGACUAACAAGCCAAAGUUGGUAUACGUGGAUCCGUCAAAGCUAGCCGGUAAAGGGAAUAUGAUCUGGUCUGAUGAUCCCAAUGAGCUUAGCGUCCAAGUUACAAGCCCAUCAAAUUUCAAGAUUUGCAUUCCAAAGAAAGUUAUGACAUUUGAGGAUCCUAAACAGAGAGCGUAUCAGUGGAAAAAGGCGAUUGAAGCCCUUCAAAACCGGUGAUUUCUGGUUUAUAUACACAUUCUUUUCGUAUAACAUUAAUGUUGCACCUUGGUAAUCCUAAGGACAGUUGGAUUCCCCGAAGAACUUUAAGAAAAAACCGAUCCAUGUUACAGGCUUCGUUUUCAUGCUUUGAUUUUAUUAAUUCCUUUUUUUCGGUUUUCUCUACAUCAGGGUAGUUAGUUGACUUUAGUGAGGUUUGACCACUGAGAUUGUAUGAAUAUGUAAGGUUUGAUUACUUAUUAUUUACAGGGUGGAAGUGAUUACCUCACUAUAAUAGUAAGCUAUACCAAGCGUCAUUACCCUACCGGUAUUGUGACGAACGGAAAAAACUAGCAUUUGAACAUCGUUACCGUUACCGGUAUUUGUUUAUUUUACCUGUAUUUAUUUGUAUGA